AUGUACGUCUGUCAAUCUGCCAAGUGUUUGGAACAACAAGAGGCGGCACAAACUUUUGGCAUUGCCGUUCGCGGUUUGCACUCGUUGCUGUCUACCACUCGAUUGGAACGCGAGAGGCACUUUGAACAGUUGAAUGUAGUGACAAUUGCUCGGAUCAUUCGGGAGCUUCGGGGCUCGUACCAAAAACGCAAAAGCAGCUCGAGGUCCCGUUGCGCGCAAGAAGGUGCAAUUCGAAACUUGCCAGUCGAAGCGAACGCUGACGCUACCAACACCGAUACCGGCCACCAUCACCGAUACAAGUACGUUCAAGGAAACUACGCCACACUGCACUCCCAUCGAGAGCAAUCACGUGCGCGCAUGUACCCCGAGUGCAACCACCUCGCAUUUCCUGAUCCUAACUUUUCCUGCUCGCACCACACACCGCGCCACCCGCAGCCGUCCACCGCAGACCAGGCCUCGCCGCCCGAAUGGCUCCAGCCAGACGCGUCGAGUGGGUGCCAAGAACUACGGGUAUGUCCAUCAUGGCAACGCAACACUCCCCCCAUGCCAGUGUCCGGCACCUAG